ACAAUCGAGUCCCAAGUCUCAACCAAGAAGUCUCCUCGUCCACCAUCAGACCCCUCCACCAUGGCGCCGCCACCUCCCCAACCCGCCGGACCCAUGAACCUCCUCGGCCCUCUCCUCCUCCUCUCCUACUCAGCCUACUACAUCCUCCCCACAAUCCUGCACCUCCUCCGCACCUCCCAACUCUCCGUCCUCCUCUCACCCUCCACCUUCAAAGACAUAUGGUUCGCGCGUUUCUGGAUUUGGUUCGGGCCGAGGUCGCGCGAGAAUGCGGCUCAAAAAGUCAUGCCUUUACUCCGCAACAACGCGCGAGGAGUCUGUCUCGACAUCGGCCCGGGCUCGGGACAAUGGUUGUAUCUCUUCGCCCGCGCGGCCAACCCGGAUAUCACGAAAAUCUACGGCGUGGAGCCGAAUGUCGACUUGCAUGCUGAGUUGAGACGGAAUGCGGUGCAAGCGGGACUGGGGGAGGUGUAUGAGGUGAUUGGAUGUGGGGCGGAGGAAUUGCAGACAAAGGGAGGGCUGGACCCGGGGAGCGUGGAUACGAUUGUGACGGUGCAGUGUUUGUGUUCGAUUCCGACGCCGGAGAAGAUUAUCAAGGAGCUGUAUCCGUUGUUGAAACCGGGGGGCAAGUGGUUGGUUUAUGAGCAUGUGAAGACGAAGUACCAGAGUGAGUUUGUGGGGUAUUGGCAGAAGAUCGUCAAUAUCAUUUGGCCGCAUUUCUUCAAUGGCUGCAAUAUUACGCGGCCGACGGACGAGUGGUUACUUCAGGCUGGAGAGUGGGAGUCUGUCGAUCUGCGAGCAGGGCCGGGUGAAGGACCGUACGAUACAGUGCCGCAUGUCAUUGGAACAUUGACGAAG